AUGGUUACUACCAAGGUAUAUGGUCUGUGGAAACACUCGCAGACAGUAACUUCGGAGCUUUCUCGAGAUCCGUCGCAAACUGCAGCAACAAUCUUUAAGAAAUUAUAUGAGCAUCAUGAAUUCCCACACCCGCAUCACCAGCAUGGUGCACACGGUCUGUCAGCAGAAGAAAUUGAGGAGUUUGAAAAGAAAAAUGCUGUCGAGAAAGCGCUUGCUGCCGGAAAUUGGGGAUCGACAGAACCCAGUGAACUGUUCCUUCAAAUUUACCAUGAUGUGUUAGGAUCUCUGGAUAAGGAACCCAGCACAGGUGUUGUCUCGCCCCCGCUUAUUGGUAGCCGAGGCGUUGUGCCCCUCACAAUUAUUGCCCCGUUGCCUGAUCUUUGCCGUCAUCUUGCCAACUGUAUUGCCCGUGCUGAACAUGAAGUAUUUUUGGGUACAAAUUUUUGGAUUCAUUCCGAGGCCGCGACAUUGGUUACCAAUGCCAUUCGGGAGUUAUCCAAGAGGGCUGGAGAGCGUGGCCAGAAAGUGGUUAUGAAGAUGGUGUAUGAUCGAGGAGAUCCAAAGCAGGUCUUAGAUAAUCGACUCGAAGUUGAUGGUGAACAGCGAACUAGUGACAAAGUCCGACUUCCCGCACCGCAUGAAAUCCCAAAUGUUGACUUGAAAGUCAUUAAUUACCAUCGCCCGGUCUUUGGAACAUUCCAUUCGAAGUUCACUGUCAUCGACCGCCGUAUCGCACUCCUGCAAAGUAGUAAUAUUCAAGAUAACGACAAUCUAGAAAUGUUGGCUCAUAUUGAGGGACCUAUUGUUGAUUCUUUCUACGAUUCGGCCUUAAUCUCUUGGGGCAAGCCGCUUGACCCUCCAUUGCCUCUUCUGAAUUCCCCAGCUGAGAGUGCUCCUAUUCCUUGCCACCAUGGGGAGCAGAAGCUGGGAUCUGCAUCAGAGACUUUGCCUGAAGAUCUGCCACAGAACACAGCAGCUUCUCCUCAUUGGGAUAUCGACUUUGAGAGCGAAGCAAAGAGAGUCAACAACAGCAUUAUCCCUCGUGGAGAUGAAACGCCAACUCAGGCAGUCAGCCGUCUUCUGAACACAACAAUUCAACCGGACACUGCCGGCAACGCCCCCGAUUCUGACCAGGAUCUGAAAAUGACACCGUACAGUCUGUUACCACAACAUGAACUAUUCCCCAUGGCAAUGGUCAACCGAGAGCCCUAUGGAUCCCCAAACCAUAGCAGCACCCAUAACCCUCAGGAUGCGGCUUUCGUCUCUGCGAUUAACCACGCCAAGCACUCGAUUUUCAUUCAAACCCCCAACAUGAAUGCCGAACCUCUCAUUAAGCCCCUUCUUGGUGCUAUCCGACGUGGUGUAAUUGUGAAACCUUACCUAUGUCUCGGAUAUAACGACGCAGGAGAACUUCUGCCAUUCCAGAACGGAACCAACGAGAUGAUCGCGAAUAGACUAUAUAAUGCUCUCGAAGCUCCCGAGGAAAAGGCUCGACUACAGGUCCAUUACUAUGUUGGCAAGGAUCAGAUUCAGCCCAUUCAUAACUCGUUCAAGAAGCGCAGUUGUCAUAUCAAGUUGAUGAUUAUUGAUGAGCAUGUUGCUAUCCAAGGGAAUGGAAACUUGGAUACUCAGUCCUUCUUCCACAGUCAGGAAAUCAACAUGAUGCUUGACUCGCCUCUUGUGUGCAAGGCGUGGCUUGAAGCCAUUGAUCGCAACCAGAACACUGCCAAGUAUGGUGCUGCAAGCUCCGAGGAUGGAUGCUGGCAUGAUCCUACUACUGGAGCGAUCCCUGAUGGAUCAAUUGGCACUGAUCCCGGACACUUCAGUUGGGCGAAGGGUGUUGUUGGUGCAGUGAAGCGAGUCAGAGGUGUCGGUGGUUUCUAA